AUGGCAAGAAUAGUCAUUAUCGGCGCUGGCUUUGCUGGUGUUUGGAGCGCCCUUUCAGCCAAACGACUGGCCACCCUUGUGAACAAGGAAAGCAGCCUAGAAAUCCAAGUCAUCGCUCCUGAGCCGUCCUUGGUCAUGCGUCCACGACUCUACGAAGCCAACCCAUCCAGAAUGACUCACCCCCUUGGCCCUCUCUUCAAAGAGGCAGGAGUAUCUUUUUUGCAAGGUAUCGUUCAGAGCAUCGACACCAAGACAAACACAAUCCAAGCCCGAUCCAUUGAAGGAGUGGAAUCAACGGUCCAAUAUGACCGCCUGAUUCUAGCCGCUGGUAGCUCCGUCGUGCGCCCCCGUGGAAUCACCGGCAUUGAACAAAAUGCUUUCGACGUCGAUUCCUUAGCCUCCGCAGAGAAACUUGAUGCUCACAUCCAGAGCCUCGCCUCUCUUCCAGAAAGCCCCUCCCGCGAUACGAUCGUUGUAUGCGGCGCCGGGUUCACAGGCAUCGAAGCCGCAACCGAGCUACCGAAAAGACUCACUCAUCUCAGAAAUACCCGCGUUAUCUUGGUCGGCAAUGCAGAUCACGUUGGUCCCGAUCUUGGACCCCCUCGCCCCGUUAUCACAGAAGCUCUAACUGAGCUCGGAGUCGAGCUGAGGCUUGGAUCUGCAGUUACAGCAAUCGAUUCAGAUGGCGUAACUCUUGCAUCUGGGGAGCAAAUUGAGACAAAAACGGUGAUCUGGACUGCUGGAGUAAGGGCUACGCCUUUGACACAGCAGAUUCCUAGUGAGAGGGACCCUCUUAACCGCCUUCGUGUUGAUCAGCAUCUGCGCGUGUCAUUCGUGAACAAUGUCUUCGCGACUGGUGAUGCUGCGUGUGCUCUUGCUGAUACACAAGGACAUUAUGCUUUGAUGUCCUGUCAGCACGCUCUUCAGCUUGGUCGCGUUUCAGGACAUAAUGCUGCGGCGGAUCUUCUCGGAGAGCCGUUGACUGAUUAUCAGCAAGCCUCUUAUAAUUGUUGUCUGGAUCUUGGUGCUUGGGGGUCUGUUAUUUGCGCGGGAUGGGAGAAGGAGGUUAGUCUUACUGGAUUUGAGGCUAAGAAGGUCAAGUGCUAUAUCAACCAGAAGUUGAUCUACCCUCCUGCUAAGUGGGAACAGGCACUGACUUUGGCGAAUCCGGUUGGUCCUGACUCUGACGAACUUUUUAGGCAGAUCAAAGAAGCGAUUGCCUAG